CUGACACUAAGUCAACAGAGGUGGAAUGCGCGCGUGCCAAUAUGUUAAUAAGAUUCGAUAGAAAGGCUGUUCAGAAGUGAGUCGCACGGGUUUUACUCAGAACGCCUUUGGAAAACAUGCUUAUUUGAUGCCAGUUGUUUUGUCUCACUAAAGAAGUGGAAUAUAUACAUAUAUAUCUUUAACUGAGUUAAAAGCAGCGACGAUUCAGUUGUGUGUGCGCCCCCUCUUUUUUGCGCAUCUUUGGGUCUUCGCGUACAUGUACUUUUAAUCGCGUCUCGGCAGGGCAUUUAAAACGUUUUCAUGCUGUUCUUGAUUAUUGCUGGAUAUGACGCCAGUACAAAGAUUCUCCGACAAAACACGGACGCGUCGGUGGGACAGUUUCAGGUAGAUUUAACCCGUUUGUGGAUGUAAAUCCCUGGAUGAUGCUCUCAAUGCAAAAACACGUCCUCUUGUUCUUUACUAUCCUCAAUACGACACUCACACCUCUGCAACGAAGGGUGAAUGGCAACCCUUUAGUGAUGGAUCCCAAUAGUAUCUGCCGUGGAACUAAAACGUUGGUAGGCACAUAUGUCGAAGUGUGCCAGUCUCAGCCUGAGAUAGUUCAAGAAGUGGCAAAAGGUGCCCGGUUGGGCAUGCAAGAAUGUCAACAUCAGUUCCACAGCCGUCGCUGGAACUGCACCAGCCAGGGCAGAAACCUGGCCAAGAUUCUGCAACAAGAUAUCCGGGAAACUGCAUUUGUGUAUGCUAUCACAGCUGCCGGGGUGCUCCAUGCAGUAACACAAGCCUGCAGCCAGGGAGCACUGCCACAGUGCGGUUGUGUGACCCUUCAGAAUUCCUCUGAAACUUACCAUGGCUCCCCAGCAGAGCAGGUACUUAUCCAGCCUUCAUCUGUCCAAGAUGGGCGCUGGGGAUGGGGGGGCUGCGGAGAUGAUGUGGACUUUGGCUACGAGAAGUCUCGUCAGUUCAUGGACACCAGGCAGCGAAAAGGCAGGAGUGACAUCAGGACCCUUAUUGACCUGCACAACAAUGAGGCAGGAAGACUGGCCAUACGGACACAAAUGUGGACAGAGUGUAAAUGUCAUGGCCUUUCUGGUUCUUGCACUCUUCGCAGCUGCUGGAGGAAGAUGCCUCUCUUCCGUCAGGUCGGUGACUACCUCAUGCAGAGCUUCCAUAAGGCCAUCCGCGUGAUGAGUGGGAAUGAUGGUAAAUCUCUUGCCCCCAUCGAUCCGGAUACCCCUGCCCUGGAUGAUAGCGUCCUCAUCUAUUCAGCUGAGUCACCCGAUUUCUGUCAUGCCAAUCAAAGGUUGGGUACAGAAGGCACACAGGGUCGUGUGUGUAACAGCACAGAGACAGGGCAGGGAGGCUGUGACAGCUUGUGCUGUGGUAAAGGAUUUGCAGACAAUACACUGGAAUAUGAGGAAAACUGUCAGUGUAGGUUUCACUGGUGCUGUGAGGUUCAAUGCCAGAGAUGUUCUGUGAGAAAGGACGUGAACCUUUGCCUGUGAAGUCUGCUCAAAGAGAUAAAAAACAGAAUUGCACCUGAAGUAGUUGUGUUUGAGCUGGAGCGGCACAUUUGUUUUCUCUCCUGUGUAUAUACAGAAAUAAUAUGUGUGCAUUGAUGGCUAUGACUUUAUUAUUUAAAAAAAAGUCCUUACUGUUGCAUUAAAAGCAGCUUCUGGAAUGAAUAACAGCAGCAUUUCAGUGCUGGGGGGGGGCACUUAUUCAAACAAUCUGCAACUGCCUUGGCAUUGACAGACAGAGAAACAUCAUCAUCCACUAAAUAAUCAUAAAGCAGUCACACAGUUUGUUCUAUGGGUGCCAACCACUAACAAGCCCAAAUACGCCACUGUAUUCUGGAAACAAGCCCCCCACCCCCCAUAAAAUACAACCCGUGAUUGCCUAAAUCUAUAAGCAAAUUCAUGAAAAAGCAAGCCCAAAGUCGCUUAUAAUAAGUGGACUUGGCAACACUGGGUGGGAGUCUGCUUUCAAAAAUAAACAUUCAUCAUACUGCCACCUGCUGGUACUGUCCAAGGUGCUGAACCCCUGACUGACAGUUGAUUUAGAUUUUGGAACAUCUGUUGGUCUAAUUAAAAAUCAUUUAUCCAUUAUGUACCUGCACAUGCGUUAUAUUAACUGCAUACCAUUGUUGUAAAACGAAUACUGAAAAAUUGUAACCUAAUUUUUUUUUUAAUCAACCUAAAUAUAUUAGCAUAUACCAGCAAAGCUACCUUUAAGGGUAAGAAAGGGUAGGGGGAAAAUAUUUUGACAUGGAGAAAUAUAAAGUUUCAAACUUUCUCUUUUUUAUUAUUUGAAGCUCUAAAAUAUUUCCACAAACUCAUAGAAAUAGUUUGAAAGAGGGCUUGCAUUUUUUCCAUUUACAUGUAUGCAAAUAAAAUCAUGUUUGCAACAUCAGAGGUCAUGCUUUAAAAAGAGGAAAUCUGAUAUAACAAUAGGAUAAAUUGUCUCCAUUUAUACGGACAUCUAGCUAUUUACAUCAAACAUCACAGUAAAAGAAAGGAUAUUAAAGUGUUUCUCGAAAAGAAUGAAAUAUCUCUUUAAGGUAACAGUUGCAUGUUUACCUCUUUUUAAAGUGUAUAACAACAUCACUAAACAUAAUAGUGGGCUUUUUCACAAUGCUGAUGUUGAUUUUGUGUUUUAUGUUAUGCUUGUCUACAAAUGAAUGUCCACAAGGUGGAGCAUAAUGCUGCAAACGUGUCUGAGGCUGCUGUAAGCAAUGCACCUGUGACCUGUACCACUAGUGUUUUAAAUGACCAUUUAUUUGUGUUAUGAUAUCUAUACCUAUUUAAAAAGUAUGAAUGUAUGAAUCUAAAUAUUUUUUGGGGGAGGGAAGUGACUGUGAAUUACAAUUACAAAUACACAAUUAAGAAAAAUUGUUGAAUUUUGUUAUCUAUUUUUCACACUAGUUAUCAAUAUUUCCUUUUACUUGACUGUUGUACACUAAAAACAUUUGGUGUUUUCACUCAGAAAUUGCUAGUAAUUUUGAAAUAGAAAGACUGAUUUUCUUGUUUAAAAAAAUACUUCAAUAAUGAAAUAAUUUUAUACAGUGUAGCAACUGUGAGAAAUACUUUCGGAAUAGAUUGUGUGUCUGUGUUUGUAAGCUACCUUACUAGCUGACAGGUUAAACAGCUGCAAUUAUGAGAUACAGUAUUUUCAAUUGUUGGGAAAAAUCCAUAAAUACUCUCUGAAGCACUUGUAUAAAAAUAGAAGUCUGAAAGAGACUGUCUAACCUAUAUACACACUCAUAUAAGAUAAUAAGUGGGUAAAUGCGUUUCAAGCUUCUCUGGUUGGUGAAAGCAGACAUCAGUCCUUUCACUCUGCGACAGGAUUGGCAGAUUGAGGAGGCUUAUCCCGGUUUACAGGUCUGUACCUUUAGUUUUUUUGCCCGGCUACACAUUACAAGUCCUGCCCAUUGCUCCCACUGUCUGAGGCUGCGCGCGCAGUGGGAUGCAGAAGGAGUGGAGGAGCGCGCGCGUGUGACUGAAGCGAGCAUCGAUUAUUACAUAGGUACGGUAACCUAAUCAAAUCAACUGCUGUUUUCCCCACUGUAUACCCAGUGGUCACACGAAACAUAAAUGGACGUGAACCUGUGACUCUGAAGUCGCACCUUCCCGAGGCACUCAACGGGACGAAAGGCGAGACAACGCAUUCCGAAGGGCCGGUGGGUGUUGGUCGUCAGUGGAAAAGAUGGGCACGGUGCUCUCGAUUUCUCCCACGUCCAGAAAAGGAGGGAUUCUGGAU